UGCUGGGUGGGUUUGGAUCAAGCCUCUUGUGUCCUAACAAGUUCAAGGCUCUAUUUGGUCCCAAAUUCCCAUCUCAUUUAUCAUAUUUAUGGUAAAAUAUUAUUUUUUUAAUCUAAUAAUCAAAUAAAGGGAUUAAUUAAUGAUGGGGUCUAGGAGCAGGGAUGUUGUGUUAACUUGUUUAUUAAUAGGCCUCCUUCUAUGGAGAGUUGACGCCAGAGCACCCGGAGGUCCAAAAGAUCAUAAGAAAAAGCCGCAUCAAAGUAAAGCUAAAGGUCAGGAGGCAGCAGAAGCUCCGACUGGGGGGAGCACCUCCUCUACAGCUCCAGUAGCAUCUCCAGCGAUGCCAGGUAAUGCAGCUCCAGCAGGAGCUCCGACCGGGGGGAGCGCCUCCUCUACAGCUCCAGUAGCAUCUCCGGCGACGCCAGGUGCUGCAGCCCCAGCAGGAGCUCCGACCGGGGAUACGGAAGCUCCACAAGGUACAUUGUUCGAUGUGACCAAGCAUGGAGCAGUUGGUGAUGGGAAGACUGAUAAUAAUAAGGCAUUUUCUGAUGCAUGGGUUGCUGCAUGUAAGUCAUCGUCGACGGGGCCAUCAACCUUUUUGAUCCCAAGAGGGGACUUCCUUCUUAGUACAAUAGUUUUCGCUGGUCCUUGCACCAACAAGACUUUAUCUCCUAGUGUUAUAAUUAGGGGCAAUUUAAUAGCUUCCACCACGGACUCAAACUCUAAAAGUUGGAUCACAUUCCAAAGCCUGAGCAAUUUGCACAUUAGUGGAGCCGGAACUGGUUCGUUCAACGGUAAAGGAGAAACCGCUUGGAGUGGUGGUUGUCGUCACACUGCCAAUUCACAUUGCAAUGUGGCCCCAGCUAACUUGAAUGUGCAGUCAGUUCUAAGUGGAUCCUUGAACGAUAUAACUUCGGUGAAUAGUCAAGGUUUCCAUAUUCUUGUUGGCAACACCCAAGAUUUCAACAUCCAUGAUGUCAAGAUCAAUGCUCCUAAGUUCAGCCCAAACACAGAUGGUAUCCACGUCGGCAAUUCAACCGGCAUCACCAUCGCUAACGCUGAAAUUGGAACCGGUGAUGAUUGUGUGUCCAUUGGAUCGGGUACCUCCAAAAUUUCUGUUACCAAUGUCAAAUGUGGACCAGGUCAUGGUAUCAGUUUGGGAAGCCUUGGAAAAUAUCCAGAUGAAAAGGCCGUGAGCAGUUUGUUGGUGAAGAACUGUACUCUUACCAGCACCGAUAAUGGUGUUCGGAUCAAAACAUGGCCAGGAUCACCAGAUAACAUAGUUAAUGAUGUUAGAUUUGAAGAUAUCACCAUGACAAAUGUGUCAAACCCCAUCAUCAUCAACCAAAACUAUUGUGACAAGAAGGCAUGCGACUCUACGCCCUCACAUGUGAAACUCAGUGGCAUUCAUUUCAAGAACAUCAAAGGUACAAGCUUCACCAAGACUGCAGUUGCCCUCGGAUGUAGUAGUGGUGCACCAUGCGAGCAGGUAGAGCUCGUUGAUAUCGACUUGAAGCCUGCCACAGACGCUGGCGCUGUGGAUGCAACUUGUGCUAAUGUGAAAGGGGUUAUUACUUCUGGCGUUCUAAACCCUAAACCAUCAUGCGUGUGAGUCCUCCCCUCCCCUCCAUUCUCAUACGGGUUGAUCCACACAGAUGGAAUCUACCACAGGGUUGUUGGGUAGAUUUCAUCUGUGCGGAUUAGUCCCGUACGAGAAUGGUUCUGGUACAAGGACUUGAUCCAUUCUCCCCUCCCCUUGUUGUACAAUGUUGUUUUUAAUUGGUUGCAGCUGCAUGCUUAUCGCUUUCAUGGGUUGGGUUGUGUCGUACUUGGUUUCGACCCCUCCCGGCUCUUGCCAAGGACCCAUGAAGGGACAAAU